UCAGGGUGGCGCUGGCUGGAGGUGGGGCCGGGGGCGGGUUCCUGGAGGAGGGCGGGGCAAACGUGGGCUACCGGGUGUGCCAGCCAAGCCCGGCACAGAAGAGGUGGUGGUGGUGGCCCUCGCCUGUGGCCCCGGUGCUGCUUGCGCUCGAACUCGCCGCCAUGGAGGAGUUCCAGGAGCCUCUGAGUGGGCAGCUCCGGCUCUGCUUCUCGCCUGCUGCCCGGACCAGCCUCUUACUGCUCAGGCUCAACGACGCUGCGCUGCGGGCGCUGCAAGAGUGUCAGCGGCAACAGGUACGACCGCUGAUUGCUUUCCAAGGCCACCGAGGGUAUCUGAGGCUCCCAGGCCCUGGCUGGUCCUGCCUCUUCUCCUUCAUAGUGUCCCAGUGUGGCCAGGAGGGCGCUGGUGGUAGCUUGGACCUUGUGUGCCAACGCUUGGUCAGGUCUGGGCCUAACCACCUUCACUGCCUGGGCUCACUCAGGGAGCGCCUCACUAUUUGGGCAGCCAUGGAUUCCAUCCCAGCCCCAUCAUCAGUUCAGGGACACAACCUGACUGAAGAUGCCAGACAUCCUGAGAGCUGGCAGAACACAGACUAUUCUGAAGGAGAUGCAACAUCACAGCCACAGAUGGCACUAGAGGAGGUGUCUAUGUCAGAUCCACUGGCAAGCAACCAAGGACAGUCACUCCCAGGAUCCUCAAGGGAGCACAUGGCACAGUGGGAAGUGAGAAACCAGACCCAGCUUCCAAACAGAGAACUUGAUCAGGCACUGCCUUCCUCUUCUGGCCGGAAACGUUUGGAGAAGAAACGUUCAGUGCCUGUAGCCACUGUAGAACUAGAAGAAAAGAGGUUCAGAACUCUGCCUCUAGUGCCAAAUCCCCUACAAGGCCAGAGCCAUCAGGAUUUACAAGAGGGAGAAGACUGGGAGCAAGAAGAUAAAGAUAAGGACAUGGACCCCAGAUUAGCACACAGUUCCUCAGUUCAAGAAGACUCUGAAUCCCCAAGUCCUGAAGAUGUACCAGACUACCUUCUGCAAUACAGGGCCAUCCACAGUGCAGAACAGCAACAUGCCUAUGAGCAGGAAUUUGAGACAGAUUAUGCUGAAUACCGCAUCCUGCAUGCCCGUGUUGGUGCUGCAAGCCAAAGGUUCAUAGAGCUGGGAGCAGAGAUUAAGAGAGUUCAGCAAGGAACUCCGGAACACAAGGUGCUGGAAGACAAGAUAGUCCAGGAAUAUAAAAAGUUCAGGAAGCGGUACCCAGGUUAUAGAGAAGAAAAGCGUCGUUGUGAGUACCUUCACCAGAAAUUGUCCCACAUUAAAGGUCUCAUCCUGGAGUUUGAGGAAAAGAACAGGGGCAGUUGAAGUUAUCAAAAGGGCUCUUGACCCUCUGCUUAGUGAAACAUGAAGGAACAAAGCAGCUAUAUACUAAAUGGAAUGCAGCUAUCUGUUUUUCUUAUGCUCACCACUGGAGUCCAGGUGGCAAGUAGAGAGUUGCUCUAGGUUCUUGAAGUUUGGUUUUCACUGUUGCUAAUUUUUAGGGUGUGGGCACUGUGCAGACUCCAUAGCUGUUGUGCCCAGGAGUCUAGAAAAAGUGACAGUGGCUUGGCUUCUUCACUUUUAGUUCAGCCAAGUCAUUUUCAAGUCCUGAGAAAUGACAUCAUCUUCAGGAUAAGAUAAUGAGGACAUUAGACAAAUUAAGUUAAUUUAGCCCGGUAGCCUCCCUAAGCAAACAAUAAUAAUAAUUUUUGCUAAGAGUUAAAAUAACUUGUAGCAUACCUGGAUACAAUGGGAAGGGCCCUGGUUCUUACCCAUGUACUGAAUUUUUUUACCAACAUGGCUAAAAAAUUAAAACUGAUUGCUUCUG